CCCAUCCUUUCCUCAUCAGUUGUGGCCUAUAAGCAGCCUUAGGCCUCACCACUUCCAAGAUGGUGUGGCUUAGCUUCCCAUCCAAAAUGCAGGCCUCAGGCUGCUUUCUACUGAUCGUCGUCCUAUCUUCCUCUCUAUUCAUAUCGUCCUCAUUAGCUUUAUCCAAUGCACAAGCCUCUUGGAUUGCCCAUCGCCAACUCAUGACCCUCCGUGAGGGCAGUGAUCUACCUGAAAAUUAUGAGUUUGAGGUCGACCCUAAGGUUACCUUCGCCAACGAAAGGCUUCGGAAGGCCUACAUUGCCCUCCAAGCCUGGAAGAAGGUCAUAUUCUCCGACCCCUUUAAUACCACUGGCAAUUGGGUUGGUGGUAAUGUUUGUGCCUACAAAGGAAUCUACUGCGCCCCAGCUUUGGAUGACCCAACCAUAAACGUCGUGGCUGGCAUCGACCUCAACAAUGCUGACCUCGCUGGGUAUCUACCUGCCGAACUGGGUCUCCUCACCGACAUCGCUCUCUUCCACAUGAACUCAAACAGGUUCUGUGGGAUCAUUCCCCCAAGCUUCAAUAAGCUGACACAUCUCUUCGAACUGGACAUUAGCAACAACCGCUUUGUGGGUAAAUUCCCCAAGCCAGUGCUCACCCUCACUAGACUUAAGUUUCUUGAUAUCCGUUUCAAUGACUUCGAAGGGAAAAUCCCAUCGGAGCUAUUUGAGAUGGAACUAGAUGCAAUUUUCUUGAACAACAACAGAUUCACUGGAAACAUCCCUGAGACUGUGGGCAAAACACCCGCCUCUGUUGUGGUGUUCGCCAACAACAAUUUCACUGGUUGCAUCCCAGCAGGGAUAUCAGAGAUUAGGGGUGAGGAGUUCGUCUUCUUGAACAACGGUCUUUCUGGAUGCUUACCUGAACUUGGGUCGUUAGAUAACGUGACAGUAUUUGAUGUAUCGGGGAACUCCUUGGUUGGUUCUUUGCCAAAUAGUCUCUCUAAAUUGAAAAAUGUGGAAUUGUUGGAUAUUUCUCAUAACAAACUCACUGGUUUUGUGCCUGAGAACUUGUGCAAAUUACCAAAGUUGCAGAACUUCACAUUCUCAUACAAUUACUUCAAGGGUGAGGCACCUGUGUGCGUAGCAUCAAAGGAAUCAGAGGUGGUUUUGGAUGACACGAGCAACUGUUUGGCUAAUCGGCCAAAACAAAAGACAGCAAGCGAGUGCUUGCAUGUGGUGAGUAGACCGGUGGAUUGUAGUAAAGCUAAGUGUGCAUCACCAAAGCCCACACCAUCCAGCCCGAAACCACAUCCAACACCUGUACCACCAGCACCGGUCAUUGAGAAUCCACCACCAGUUGUGACUCCUACACCAAUACCCGCACCACCAGCACCAGUUGUUGAGAAUCCACCACCAAUUGUGACUCCUACACCAAUACCUGCACCAGCAGCACCAGUUGUUGAGAAUCCACCACCAGUUAUGACUCCUACACCAGAACCAACACCUGCACCGGUCUCAACUCCACCACCAGUUGAGGAGGUUCCUUCACCACCUACGCCGGUGGAAUCAGCUCCACCACCAGUUGAGGAGGUUCCUUCACUUGCACCAGUUGAAGCACCAACCCCUUCAAUGGUGGGCCCAAGAGAACCAGUGCGUCCUCCAGCUCCUGAGCCAUCACCAGUUCCAGUGCCCUCACCUCCAGCACCAGUCCUAUCUCCACCUCCAGCACCAGUCCUAUCUCCACCACCACCAGUGAAGUCUCCUCCACCACCAACACCAGUUCUAUCCCCACCACCACCAGUGCAGUCUCCACCACCAACACCAGUCCAAUCUCCACCACCACCAGUGAAGUCUCCUCCACCACCAACACCAGUUCUAUCCCCACCGCCACCAGUGCAGUCUCCACCACCAAGACCAGUCCAAUCUCCACCACCACCAGUCCACUCCCCACCCCCACCGGUGCAAUCUCCUCCACCACCAGUCCACUCCCCACCACCACCGAUUCAAUCUCCUCCACCACCACCAGUCAAAUCCCCACCCCCACCAGUUCACUCUCCUCCUCCACCGGUCCACUCCCCACCACCACCAGUCCACUCCCCACCUCCACCGGUGCACUCUCCCCCUCCACCAGUCCACUCUCCACCACCACCAGUGCAAUCUCCCCCACCACAAGUCCACUCCCCACCACCACCAGUCCAAUCCCCACCACCCCCGGUGCACUCCCCACCACCACCAGUCCAAUCCCCACCACCACCGGUGCACUCUCCUCCACCACCCACACCAGUCAACUCACCACCACCACCGGCUCCAGUCUCUAAGCCACCACCAGCUCCAAGUGACGACAUCAUUUUGCCUCCAAACAUUGGGUUCCAGUACUCAUCGCCACCUCCACCAAUGUUCCCAGGGUACUGAUCGAGUAGCGCCUCUGCAAUAUUUGUAUUCUUUUUCAUUCCUUUAAAACCCAUGCUCCUCAAUUAACAAUGUAAACAAUUAAUUUUGGUCUUCAUUGUUUCAAUCAAGAGAAGCACUCAUACUCGAGUC